AUGGAGAAUAUUAAAGAGAUUUUACUUUAGAUUCAUAAAAGUUAAAAAAAACUUAGAGUAAAAAUCACAGUCUUUCUUAAAAAGUUAGAAGAAGUUUUGUUCAAGAAAAGAGAGAAAUUAGAUGGAAGCGCAAUAAGACUACUUCUGAUUGGAGGAGAAAAAGAUUUGUUUGGUUUAUUAUAGAUAUGUGGUAUUAGAUCUAAAUUCAAGGGUAGCUUGAAGAACUCAAGCUACUACUGCAUAAAAUUACUGUAUAGAUUGUUUACUGAGCACUCUUAGAAGAAGGAUAUUUUAUAAAUAUUUUACGAUUUUGAUGAAGAUGAAUUUCUUACUAUGAGGUUGGCUUCUCAUAUUAUGAGUGAUAAGAAAAAUGAUGAUGCGGGAUAUAAUGUAGCUAGGUUGAUUAGAGAGAAAAGACCUCAUUUAAAUCUAAAGUCUUACAUUUAAGAUAGAGUAGCUUAGGAUAAAUUUGAAGAAUGGAUGAAGCAAUAUAAAUCAAGCCAGGCUCAGCGAUAAAUAAACUAGGUAGAGUGGAAGGAUCAAGAAGGGGAGGAUGCUGAGCAAUUAAAAAAGGAAGCACCAAAAAUUAGCGAUGAUUUUAGAUCUUCAAAUGCAAGAAAGAGGGAUGAAAAAAGAAUGAAAAAACAAAAAUACUUUUAAGAAAUUCACUUAAAAAACUUUUAGUUAAAUGCAGAAUAUUUCAAAAUGACGUUUUAAGAUCCUCUUAUUUCUGCUCUGGAGGAUGAAGAUGAUAUAAAAAAAAGCUAAUCUUCUAAAAACUCUAAGAGAUAAACUUCAAUGAUAAAGAAUUAGCUUAAGUAGGUUUUUAGUAAGAGAAUUACUAAGCCAGAAGACAUUAUAAAGAUCAUAUCUCUAAAUGUAGACAGUGGUAAAGUUCCUACUUUGGAUGAGGUUAUCUUGAAGAUUCAUAUUGAGUCUCCCGAUUUUGAUCCUAUUGCAUUUUUAUCAUUGUUUCAUACUAAGACUCCUAAUGAUCAGUUAGAAAAAGCAGCUAGAUUAUUAUAAAAAGAGCAGAACAAGGGACUCACUUUAAAUAAAAGUUUAGUUUAUUAUUACUUGGAUCAAUUCUUGGAAGUUCACAGAGGAGUGAUAAGGACUCACCAGAAUUUCAUUCAAGUUGAAGCUUAAAGCCAUGGUAGCUACUUCAAUUAGCUGAAAGUUUCUCAGACAAAUUUAGAAAAAAGUGUUGAUGUUGUCAAUCAAGAAAUGAUAAAAAUGAAAUCUGACAGUAGCAGCUUGAGAUUGACACUGUCUUUCUUAAACAAGAAUGAGCUGUUAAUUAGCAUGCCCAGUUAGCUAAAAAAGCAUUACAAUAAAAAUGAUUUUGAAAAGAUUUCUAAGCUUUUCCAGUAGGCUUUUCCUUACUUGAAGAGAUAUAAAGGUAUGAAGAUAUUUUAGCAGGUAUUUCUUGAAAUAGAUAGAAUUCUUCAGAUGAGUUAGGAUCUUGUCAUCAGUCAAGUUGAAAAAAAUCUUGACAAUCGAAGAAAAACGACUGAGUUUACAAAUAUUUUACUCGAUUUACAGUACGACUAUUAAGGUGACUCAAAUUUAAUGCAGCAAAAAUCUAAUAUUAUUAUGGGAAAACCUUCAAAUGUGAUGAAUAAUGAUGCUGAUAAAAGAGGGUCUGUCAUGGUAGAGCCUGAAGAGAAUCACAAUUUAAUUAAAAUGAUAAAAUAUUUAGAAAAGAGAUUAUCUGAGAAUAUAAAAAUAAAUACGGACAUGAGUUCCUAAGAAGAAAAUAAAGAAGAAAAACCAAAAAUACAAUCAAGCACUUACAUAGUUGAGGAAACAGGAGUAGCCAAUACUAACGACUAGGAAAAUAGAAUGAAAAAAUUAAAACUAAUAAACAACGUUUUAUUUGAUAGCGAUAGAUUAGUAAGUUUUAUGUAUUAAAGCAGUAUUUCAGCAUCCACAAGGUAGUUAAAAAUUAAAGAUAUUGAGAAUUAUUUCACUGAAAACAUGUCCAGAUUCGAAAAUUUUUAUCUCCUUCUUUAAUCUUAUUAAGAUGGCGAAUAUGAUUAUAAGCUGCCUAUUAGGUAAGGCAAAGCAACUACUAGAAAAGCUCUUAAACACUUUUAAAUUAUUUUUGAAUCAUUGAAAAAAGCGGCUUAAAGAUGCAUUCAGUUUUUAGAAUUAAAUUAUAAUUUCAGACAAAAAGUAAAUGAGCAAAGACCUAUUUCGGACUACAAUGAAGAUGAGCUUAAUCUUCUGGUCAGUUAAAUUUAGCGUGGCAAGGAAGAUGUUAUUAGUUGCAGCAAUAUAGUUCAUUUGCUCAAAUAAUUAGAUUAGAAAGUUAGAAUGGGAAAAGAAUUUAUUUAAUAGCUAUAAGAAAAGACUCUUUAGAUGGCUUACAUGGUGCAACUCUAUGAACUCAAAGUGAUUAAGAUGGAGAGAUAUGAUUUCUAUGGCAAUCUAACAAUUUCUAAAACUUUUACAAAUGAUGACGAGUUUAUCAGUCCAUUCAGCACUUAUUUGUACGAGUGUUUGCUCGAAGGAGUAGACUUUCUUACUUAAUUGAAGAUUUUUUAGCCUUAAGUUGAUCUCCAAAGUUUGGAUAAAAACUAUUUAAAACAAGCAAUUUCAAUAUGUUUUAGAGCUGUGUUUUACCAUGUAAUGAAAGAACAUAAGCGCUUAUAAGAAGAAGAAAGCGAAUUCAGUAAAGCAACAGGAAAUUACUCAUAUUUGGCAUUUUCAAGUGAUUUAGUCUUUCUUAUCUUGCUCUCAAACAUUAUCAGUUUUUAAAAGUAUUAAUGUAAAUUGCUCCUAACUUAAAUAUAUGAUUAAAUCUUAAAAAAGUAAAUCAAGCCCAACCAAUCAGCAUCUGAAUCUGCUUAAAAUAUAGAAAAAAACAUAAGUAAACAAGUUAAGGAAAUAAAUAGUUUAAUGGAUUAGAUGGUUGAGGAUUUAAAGAAAAAAUUAACUUAUCUUAAAGCCUAAGAAAUUCUUAGAGACUCUUCAGACCUCUUCACAUCAUGGAAUAAUGCUGAAAGUUAAAGUGGAGAGAAUCAAAUUAGGAUGUCAUCAUUAUCGCCUACUGGAACAACAGCCAACGAUUUCAAAUUUGAUGCUAACACUGUGUAUAAUAUCUCUAUAUUGCAACAGUUGGCACCUCCAAAUAUAGCCUAGUCACAACAAGAUAUUCAGAUGAGCCAAAACAUAUCAUUAGAUAAAUAUGAAAUAAGGUAUAAAAUGCUAGAUAUUUUAAGUGAGUUUGAUUAGUUCAUUUAAUUAAUAUCUCUUAAUUGUAGUUAAACAUUAGUCAAAGCUCUCCCAACACUACUUUUGCAAGAAAUUUUGAUGGGAAUAAAAGACAUAUUAGAAAAUAAGUAAAAAAAUACAAAUGUUUUAAUGCUAAAGCAGCUAAGAAUAGAACUGGAAUUCCUUUAAGAUGCUACUUCUUAAAGAAUAAAAUCAGCUGAUACUACAUAGCUUUUUUUGAGCAUUUAUAGCUCUAUUGAUAAAAUUUUUCAAACUAAAUUCUCAUAAUCAUAAAGCAACUAGCAACUAUACAAAAUUGACAAAGGCAAGUUAAUCGAUAUUAUAAGAAUAACAAAAUACAAAGCCAAACUCAACUUUACUUUUAGCUGA